GCGUCAGAGCCGGAGCAAAUCUAGGAGCUUUGCUGGGGGGUCAGGCUGUGGAGCUGUGCCCCUGUCUCCUUUGCAGAACCUCUCUCCGCUCUGGGGCAAAGGAAAUGCCACGGGACAUGUUUGGGCUCCUGCAGAGGGUCUUGGCGUCAAGGACCGACAGGGAAGCCCACCCUCCUGCGGAGAGCAGGGAACUCCAGAGCAGACUGCUGAAAGGAUCUGCCGGGAUGCCGCUCUUUGGAUUGGGGUCUGGCCAGAAGAAGCGGCUGGAAGGGGGGCUGCGUAUGACAGCGCCUGGGGAGCUGAUUCGGCCAGGGGAAAAGAUGAGAAGAGCAAAUAUCCAGAAGGAAAGCGCAGGAUGUCUAAGCUGAAGGGACCUCUAGCUCCUUAGUAAGCGAGAGACACCUGCCAAUCAAUCCCGCCCACAGUGCCAUGGAGUUCUCUUGCCUGGACUGAUUUCUUCAAAAUGGGUAGAUUCUUCCCGCGGUGCCGCCAGAUGCUGCAUUCAUGAGUGAGAACGGUGUCCGCCGUCAAUAUCACCGUUUAGAAGCCCUCCUUUCCUGGGCCUCAACAGAGCAUGAGAGGCACCUUCGCGCCAACGACCGAGCCUUCAACCUCCAGUUUGAAUAUGCCAGAAACUCCAUCCAAACUUCCAAGUACAACGUCUUCACCUUCCUGCCUCUCAACCUGUUUGAGCAGUUCCAGCGGGUGGCCAAUGCCUACUUCCUCUUCCUCCUCAUUCUGCAGCUCAUCCCUGAGAUUUCUUCCCUCUCCUGGUUCACCACGGUGGUCCCCCUCAUCUUGGUGCUGGCCGUGUCGGCAGCAAAGGACGCUAUUGACGACGUGAAUCGACAUGCAAACGACAAGCAAGUCAACAACCGUCCUGUCAAGGUGCUGAUGAACGGCAGCCUGAAGGAUGAUCUGUGGCUGAAUGUCGAAGUUGGGGACAUCAUCAAGUUGGAGAACAACAACUUUGUGACGGCAGACGUGCUACUGCUGUCCAGCAGUGAGCCCCACAGCCUGACCUACAUUGAGACGACCGAACUGGAUGGGGAAACCAACCUGAAAGUGAAGCAAGCCUUGACGGUCACGGCUGAGCUGGGAGAGGAUCUGCAGGCGCUGAGCAGCUUUGAUGGCGAGAUCAAGUGUGAAGCGCCAAACAACAAGCUGGACAAGUUUAUGGGGACGCUCCUCUUCAAGGGGGAGAAGUACGCCCUGGACAACGAGAAGAUGCUGCUGAGGGGCUGCACCAUCCGCAACACGGACUGGUGCUUCGGACUGGUCAUCUUUGCAGGGCCAGACACCAAGUUGAUGCAGAACAGCGGAAGAACCACCUUCAAACGGACCAGCAUUGAUCGCCUGAUGAACUUCUUGGUGCUGGUGAUCUUUGUUCUUCUGGCUGCCAUGUGCUCGGUGCUGGCCAUUGGCAACAGCAUCUGGGAGUACAAGAGAGGCUCUGCCUUCCAGGUCUACCUGCCCUGGCCACAUGACGUCCACUCGGCCUUCUAUUCCGCCUUCCUCAUGUUCUGGUCCUACGUCAUCAUCCUCAACACGGUGGUGCCCAUCUCCCUCUACGUCAGCGUAGAGAUCAUCCGUCUGGGCAACAGCUUCUACAUCGAGUGGGACCGCAAGAUGUACUACCCCCUCAAUGACACCCCUGCCCAGGCCCGGACCACCACCCUCAACGAGGAGCUGGGGCAGAUCAAGUACAUCUUCUCCGACAAGACGGGGACCCUCACCCAGAACAUCAUGGUCUUCAACAAGUGCUGCAUCAACGGGAAGAUCUAUGGGGAUGUCUUUGACUUGGAUGGACAACGGGUGGAGAUUACGGAGAGUACCCCAAAAGUUGACUUCUCCUACAACCCCCUCGCUGACCCCAAAUUCUCCUUCUACGACCAAAGCCUGGUGGAGGAAGUGAAGGCGGGAGACGUCAUCACCCACAAGUUUUUCCGCCUCCUUUCUCUCUGCCACACGGUGAUGCCAGAAGAGAAGAAGCCAGGUGAGCUGGUCUACCAGGCGCAGUCUCCGGACGAGGGGGCCCUGGUGACGGCCGCCCGGAACUUUGGCUUCGUCUUCCGUGCCCGGACCCCAGAGACCAUCACCGUGGUGGAAAUGGGGAAGACCAUCGUCUAUAAGCUCCUUGCCAUCCUGGAUUUCAACAAUGUGCGCAAGCGGAUGUCUGUCAUUGUGCGGCGCCCCGACGGCAGGGUGACCCUGUACUGCAAGGGGGCGGACACGAUCCUGUACGAACUCCUGCACCCUUCCUGUGUACCUCUUAAGGAGGAGACUACCGAGUACUUGGAAGAGUUUGCAGGGGAGGGUCUCCGGACGCUGGUCGUGGCCUACAAGGACCUGGAGAGGAAGUCCUUUGCCAACUGGCAGAAGCGUCACCACGAAGCCAGCACGGCCCUGCAGGAUCGAGAGGAGAAGCUGUCUGAGCUGUACGAAGAAAUCGAGAAAGACCUGAUAUUACUUGGUGCCACGGCCAUCGAGGACAAGCUGCAAGACGGCGUCCCACAGACAAUUGAGACCUUGGGGAAAGCGCAGAUUAAAAUCUGGGUGCUCACUGGAGACAAGCAAGAGACGGCCGUGAACAUCGGCUACUCCUGCAACAUGCUCUAUGACGACAUGAAGGACAUCUUCUUCAUCCAGGGGGACACCUUUGAGGAAGUGCGCCAUGAACUCAGGAAAGCGAGGAAGACGAUGACGCAGGAGGCCGCCAUGGAUGACGAUGAGAUGGACGUCCAGGUCAAGAAGUCUGGCAACUGCAAGGUCUUGCCGGAGGAACAGCCCAACGGGGAAUACGGCCUGGUCAUUAAUGGGCACAGCCUGGCCUAUGCCCAGGAAGGGGAGCUGGAGCUGGAGCUGGUGCGCACAGCCUGCCUCUGCAAGGUGGUGAUCUGCUGCCGGGUGACGCCUCUGCAAAAGGCGCAGGUGGUGGAGCUGGUGAAGAAGUACAAGAACGCCGUCACGCUGGCCAUCGGGGACGGGGCCAACGACGUCAGCAUGAUCAAGGCCGCCCACAUUGGCGUUGGCAUCAGCGGCCAGGAGGGGAUGCAGGCCGUGCUGUCCAGCGACUUCUCCUUUGCGCAGUUCCGCUACCUGCAGCGGCUGCUGCUGGUCCACGGACGCUGGUCCUACAUCCGCAUGUGCAAGUUCCUGGCCUACUUCUUCUACAAGAACUUCGCCUUCACGCUGGUCCACUUCUGGUACGGCUUCUUCUCCGGAUUCUCCGCACAGACGGUGUAUGACGAAUGGUUCAUCACUCUUUACAACAUGGUGUACACCUCCUUACCUGUCCUGGGAAUGAGCCUCUUUGACCAGGACGUGGAUGACCGGUGGAGCCUGCAAUUCCCGCAGCUCUACAUGCCUGGCCAGCAGAACCUCUACUUCAACAAGAAGGAGUUUGUCAAGUGUGUCCUCUACAGCGUCUACAGCUCCCUGGUCCUCUUCUUCAUCCCCUACGGGACCCUCUUUGACUCCCUGAGGAGCGACGGGAAGGCCAUCGCCGACUACCAGUCCUUCGCACUCAUGGCCCAGACCUGCCUGCUCAUUGUGGUCUCCGUCCAGAUGGGCCUGGACACUGCCUACUGGACGGCCGUCAACCAGCUCUUCAUCUGGGGCAGCCUGGCCAUGUACUUUGCCAUCACCUUCACCAUGUACAGCGACGGCACCUACCUCAUCUUCACCGGCUCCUUCCCCUUCGUCGGCUCGGCUCGGAACACCCUGAACCAGCCCAACGUCUGGCUGUCCAUCUUCCUCUGCGUCACCCUCUGCGUCCUCCCCGUCGUCGGCUUCCGCUUCCUGAAGGUGCAGCUCAAGCCCACCAUCAGCGACCAGGUCUUGCACAUGGUGAAGCAGCUUCAGAAGGGGCAGCUGCCUCCGUCCCCCAAGCGGCGCCUGCAGCGCAAGGCCUCCCGCCGCUCCGGCUACGCCUUCUCCCACCAGUACGGCUUUGGGGCCCUCAUCACCUCAGGGAGGAACAUGCGCCCCUUUGGCGUCACCAGGUCCUUCUCCCCCAACAGCGAGAAGUACAGGCAGAAGUGAGGCGCAAGGGGGGGCGAGGGUGCUCCGUGAACCAGGGACAGGCAGAGCUGGCAGGACAGCCUGGGCAAAGGGGGCCCUCCUUUUCUGCGGGCCCUGGGCCCCUAGGGGCCAGACUGUUUGGUCCUGGGGAGCGAGAGAGGAGAUGGGGCACCACGCGAGGAAGAGGAAGGGGGUCCCCAGGGGAGAGAAGGAAGAGGGGACCCCCGUGGCCCCUGCACCACAGCCCUUUCCAGAAGAGAGGCCGGUCCCUUCUCCUCUGCAUGGACCCCUGAAGCUCUUCCAGAAGUGGAGGGCCCAAUCCGCCCGGAACCACAUAACAGGAGACGACAGUUGCAGAGAGGCCAUGGGUGCCGUUUCCAGCGUGGUGACCGGCUGCUCAAUGUGGCAGGAUGAGGCCUCAGCCCCAGAGGAUUCCCAGACGCCGUCCUGGAAGCAGGAAGUGUGGAUUUGGCAAAGCCUGGAGGGGCCCUGCCGGGACGCCCCCAGAGACUCAAGAGCCCCCUCGGCUGGGAGCCUGGAUACAGUUUGGGGCGGAGAGUGCCGUCCCACGUGGCUGAAUGGGCGAAGCGCUGGGGGCUUGUGUGGUCAUGAUGCGCUUCCUCAAUUCCAAAGAUGGCAUGGGGAGUGGCAUGGCUGGGGCCCCUCAGGGCUGGCAGUGGGCGACGUCUGCCCCAUAUGGGUCCCGGCUAUACUUCCCAAAGCACCUUAUCAGUGGGGGGGGGGGAGUGAUGCUGCCUGGCCAGGCCAACUUCUCCCACCCCCUAACUUUGGGACUUUGUGGCUGCCUGUGGCAGGAAGGCCUCUGGCCACCGGUGGCCCUUGCCCCAUGGCAAAGCGGGGCUCAUCAUCCCGGGGUGGGUGGCAGAGCAGAACCGGCCCUGUCCCGGUUGGGUCCCUCUCAGGGCUCCAGAUUAUGGGGAGGUCUCUGGUCACAUUUGCACUGCUCUGGGUGGGAGGGAAAUAUAGGUGAGGCCGUGGGGCGCCCCACAGACUUUGGUCUUCCGUUUGUACAAGCCUUUGUAAUAAAACAGCAAAUGAAAAUG